AUGGACUUGCCAUCACGUCUCGACCAACGGCCACACCGCCCAGCGUCGCGCAAUGAUUUCGAGAUUGCCAUCCUUUGCGCCCUCACCCUCGAAGCAGACGCUGUCGACCAUGUCUUCGAUCACCAUUGGAAGAAGGACGGGAUUACAUACGACAAGGCGCCUGGUGAUUCGAACUACUACAUCACCGGCACCAUCCACCGCCACAAUGUUGUCCUCGCAUAUAUGCCAGACGAGGGCAAGGUUAAUGGCGCCGUGGUCGCAACGAAUUGCCGCCUGAGCUUCCCAAACAUCAGGCUUGCCCUUGUCGUGGGGGUCUGCGCCGCCGUUCCUUUCCCCAGGAGCGACUCAACAAGCAGAGUUGACGAGAUAGUCCUUGGAGAUGUGAUCAUCAGCAACGGUGUUGUGGAGUACGACCAUGGUCGUAUGCAGCCUGAGGGCUUCAAGCGCAAGGCAACUGUGAUGGAUAACCUGGGAAGGCCUAAUCAGGAGAUACGAACCUUUUUACGGAUGCUCAAAGGCGUGCGGCCGGGUCGGGAACUGCGGCAGGCUAUGCUCGAGCAGCUGUCGCGUUUCAAGACUGAGCCGAAACUUGACGCUGAUUAUCCGGGGUUUGAAAAUGACAGACUAUUUCCGACAGGAUACCGUCAUGCCACCGAUGGCAAAUCGUGUGAUGAAGGCGGAUGCGCUCAGCCGCUGGUCAAGCGUCGGCGUCUGCAGCAGCCAGACGUGCAACCUAGAGUUCACAUCGGGCUCAUCGCCUCGGGCGACAUGGUCAUGAAAUCAAGCUUCCAUCGUGACAUCAUUGUCGAGGACGAGAAAGUAAUUGCAUUCGAGAUGGAGAGUGCCGGAGUGUGGGAUGUCUUCCCCUGCGUGGUCAUCAAAGGCGCCUGCGACUACGCAGAUAGCCACAAGACCAAAGGCUGGCAGCGGUAUGCCGCAGCCACGGCAGCAUCUUGUAUGAAGGCUUUUCUGGGAGAAUGGGUGCCGUCAAACCUACAGACCAUUCCAGCCCCUGCACCCUCGUCCUCUACUGUCACAGCAGAACUCUCCACAGCACAACCUGCCGUGGUCACGACCAAAACUGUGGUCUUCUGUGUUCCCCUGCCAGUGAACCCGCGCUUUGUGGGACGUACUCAGAUUCUCAAUGAACUCCAAACCAAGCUCUUCGACAAUGACAAUGGCAAGAUAGCCCUGGUGGGGCUAGCAGGUGUGGGCAAGACGCAAAUUGCGUUGCAACUAGCAGUCUAUGUGAGAGACAACAUGCAAGACCGCUCUGUUUUCUGGUUAUCCGCUUUGAGCAUGCCCAGCUUCGAACAAUCUUGCCGCCUGAUCAUGAAGCAAAGUGGACUCAAAGAUUCGGAUAGCAAGGAUCCGAAAGCUAUCAUUCAGGACUAUCUCAGCUCGGAGAGGGCAGGCAGAUGGCUGCUGAUCGUGGAUAACGCGGAUGACAAGUCCCUGCUUUUUGGGUCAGACGAAGUUACCGAGUGCAUUAAAAAGCAUCUCCCACAAAGCGAGAGCGGCUUGAUGUUGUUUACUACACGGUCACGACAAGUGGCAAGUGCAGCAGCUCAAUGUGCGGAGAACAUCAUUCCAGUAUUGGGGAUGUCAGAUCAAGAAGCCCGGGAGCACCUGGGCAAGAAGACUUCUAGCUCAGAGCUCAACCGAAACGAAGAGGCUACAGAGUCUCUUCUUCAGAGGCUCACCAAUCUCCCUCUGGCGAUAACCCAAGCCGCUGCCUACAUCAACGAGAAUCAGAUAAGCAUCGCGACGUACCUCGACCUCUUCGACAAUACGGAUGCGGUGCAGCUGAUCAGCAACCAUUUCUACGACGACACAAGAUACAAGGAAAGCGACAAUGCUGUGGCCACUACUUUGCUUGUGUCUUUCCGACAGAUCUCCGAGACCAACGAGCUUGCUGCUAGACUUCUCACGUUUCUAGCAUAG